GAGAGACGAAGGAGUUGAAUCUCGACGACGACUACGAGAGGCAAAAUCAAAAUCCAAGCUUUUUCUAGGGUUUUACGGAUCUGCGAUUAUCAUUGUUCUGGUUCGUUGAAAUGUCGAGAAGAAAAUCCACCGUCGUAUUGCCGCAACCUAUUCGUCGAUCGGCGAGGCUUAUCUCUAUGCAGAAUCGAGAUAGUCAAGUGAAACCCAGGAAAGAUCUGGUCUUUGGCUCGGAACCACCGAAGAAAACUCGUCGGGAAGUCCUACGAGGACUAUCGAAGAGAUUAGUAUACUCACUGGAUAGUCCAAUCGCGAAGAAGUCUCCGGGAUUGAACAUUUCCAAGGAUGGGUUUCCUUCGCUGAGGCGAUCUCUUAGGCUUUCGAAUAGGGAAUGUUCUGGUGUUAAUAAAGAGAAGCCUUUUACGAAGAAGACUGCAUCUACUUCAUCUUCUCGCACGAAAUCUUCGGCCACUGUUUCGUCUUCUUGUGCUCUGAGACGGUCUCCUAGGUUUUCAAGUGGAGGAGGAGGAUCUGUGGAUCAAUCUUUUUCUUCCAUUGGGAGAAAAUCAGGUAAUAGUGUUUUGAGUAGAUGUAGUACGAUAUCAAUUUCAUCUGAGAAAGGGAAAGGUGUAGAUGGUGUGAAAACUAAGGAUAGAAGUAGAAGUCGUCUUCGUCCUAAGACUAAGCAGCUGUUUAGUGGUUGUGAUGAUAAUGAAGAAGAAGAAGAAGUUAGUGUCUGUCUUAGUGAGAGGAAAAGGAUGAGAAUUGCAAAACCGAAUGAGGAAGAAAAUGUUGUGCCAAAAGCUGAUGAAGUGAAGGGAAGAGGAAAGGAGGAAGAAGAAGAAGGAUUGAAGACAAAGAAGAAGCUUGAGAAAGGAGGAUGGACAGACGAGUUGGAGUUAGCUUUACAAGGAGCUUAUUUGACGGUGAAGCCCAGUCCUAAUUUCUGGAAAAAGGUUGCUAAGAUGGUACCUGGAAAGUCUGCGCAGGAAUGUUUUGAUAGAGUGAACUCAGCUCUGAUCACUCCUCGUCAAGCUCAGCCUCGAAGAGCCAGGAACACAAAAUUAUCAACAAUCCCGCAGUUUUCGCUCUCUGCAAGCAAACUACUGAAACCCAAUUCACCAAAGACAAAGAUACGACAGUGCAAAAACAAUCUCUCAAAGAAAGUGGUCAGGCAUUUACUGGAGAAGCAAAAUCAUAUGGAUCAAGGUCUUGGAUUUGAUCUAUUCUCAAUUCUUGAGCCUAACACCACAAGCAAUUUUCUCUCAACUCCAAUGGAGAAAGGGCAAACUCUUCCAAAAAUCCUUGAAAGUCCAGUGCCUUGUUCAAGUAAAGAUCCAACAACUCUCGUUAGCCCUCCAGUACUAAAACAGGUAAAAAACAAGGCAUUGCAUGAGAAGUACAUUGAUCAUCUGCAUAUCAGGGAAGCAAAAAGAAAAGCCGAGUCAACUCGACUGGCUGGGAAAGAGAACAUAAGACCUGUUGAUAUUCAGAAGAAGGAUUCGGUGAGAGCAGCUAAGGAUGCCUUGUUCUUUGAUGUACAAGAUGCAAUCCAAAAGCUUAAGGGUCUGGAAGCUGAGAACUCAUCUAGUUCUUCAGAGUUUUGCUAUGAUCAUGGUGAAACUGACGAAGAAGAUGAAAUCUAGUUGUUUCUAGCCAGAUAGAUUUGAUUGUACUAGGGCACAGAGCGUAGAGAUUAGAGUAAGGCAUUACUGUGAAUCUUAGUUUUGUAACCAUGAGACUGAAACUACUUGAGUGAGUUUAGUUUAGUCAGAUGUUGUAUAGUCAAGAAAAUUGAUUCUCUUUUUAAUAUAAUGAUCAAAUUUUG